GACAGGAUCGGGCUUGCAUUUUUCUUUUUUCUUUCUGGAUGAAAAUGAGAAGUCAGGCAAGAAGCUGCUCUAAGCAGCAGCAGCUGUCCUAUCAUGGGUAGUUAGCGAACACCUGUAUAGAUUCACACCUUUGUGGUUCCUGUGGACCAUGGGCAUUUGAGUUAUGACUCAGGUUCACUGACUGUGUGACAAUGGCUCAGUGCCUCAGUCUCUUAGCUUCAGUUUUCUCACAUGUAAAUAAGGGUUACAGUUUCCAUAUAUAAAGUUAGUACCUCGUUUAGCUUACAGUAGGUGUUCAAUAAAGAGCAAGGUGGAUUAAGUGGGCUUUGAAAGCCCUUCUUGAUCGUGUGUUUGUGUAUCUAAACCAAUGGCAAGUGGGCUUUUCUUGGCCAUUAAAUGUGUGGGCCAUAGAACCAAGGUAUGCCGGGAUUCUCGGUUUUUCCUGAAGUCCCCCACCAGUAGAGUCAGUACUGAAGCUGUGACUUUUCUUGCCCUGGCCUGAUACAGGAAGCCCCCACCCACUAGGAUCGUCAUCUGUGUGCCAGGGACGCUAAGAGCCCCAGAGCCAUCUAGGGGGUGCUGGAGCCUAUAGCCUGCCUGGUUUUGAGUACCUGAAAUUCUUGGCUUUAAUUUACUGUUAAAAGUUAGUGGCAGAGCUGAGUUUGAACGAUUCUGUUUGCCUCUGCCAAGUGAAAUUCUGGCAAUCCCUUGCUGUAAGCCAUGUUCUGAGCUGUGCUCUGGAGACAGAGCAGCAAGCAAGACAGACAUGCCUCUGCUCUCUUGGAGCCGAUAGUGCUGUGGAGGUGCCAGGCAAACAGGUCAACUGAAAACUAAGAUAAUUUCAAACAGAGAUGAGCCAGUGAAACAAUUAAAACAAGGUGAAGUGACCAAGGACCUCCUGGGAGAGAAGACAUGAGGUUGUGAUAAUCUGAAAGGGCAGCUAUGCAUGCUCCACCAGUGGGGACAGCAGGCAGCGGAGGAGGAAGAAGAGAUGGACCCCCCGGACUCAGCCUCGAGGGUCUUCUGCAGCCGCAUCCUGAGCAUGGUGAAUGUGGAUGACAUCAACGCCAUCAUCCUGGCCCAGAAGAACAUGCUAGACCGCUUUGAGAAGACAAAUGAGAUGCUGGUGAACUUCAACAACCUGUCAAGCGUCCGCCUGCAGCAGAUGAGCGAGCGCUUCCUGCACCAUACAAAGACUCUGGUGGAGAUGAAGCGGGACCUGGACAGCAUCUUCCGCAGGAUCAGGAUGCUGAAAGGAAAGCUGGCCAGGCAGCACCCAGAGGCCUUCAGCCUGACUGACCAAUUCCUGGGCCUCCUUACCCAGAUGUCCCAGAGGCAUCCCUCCUGGAGGAUGAGGAUGAAGACCCCAUCCCACCCAGCACCACGACCACCAUCGCCACCUCGGAACAGAGCACAGGCUCCUGUGACACCAGCCCCGACACUGUCUCUCCCUCCCUCAGCCCUGGCUUUGAGGACCUGUCCCAUGUCCAGCCCGACUCCCCUGCCAUCAACGGCCGUAGACAGACAGACGAUGAGGAGAUGCUGGGCGAGUAGCCCUGCUCCCAGGCGCUCUAAAGGGUCUCAGGGCAGUGGCAGCACUCCUCAUGUGUCUGAUGUGGCAGAAGGUAAUCCUGCCUCAAGAUGGUCAGCUUUGCCACCUUAUUCUUGGGCUCCCUGGGGGAUAAAGGGUGUGGAAUUCCUGGGGGUCUCAUUCCUACUCCUUCCUCACUGAUUGCCUCUCCUGUAGACCCUGUGCCAGGCCAGGGAUGAGCACCAGCUGGAAUUGUUGGGCUGGGUGCAAGGAAGCCUUUCCAGAGGCAGGCCUGAAGUCUGCACUGAACAACACUUAAAGGUUCCCAGAGACCAAAGCCAGACGACUCCUGUCCCAGCAUCCCUCAGGACCCCCUUGAGGUAGAACAAGAUCAUGUCUGAGUUCCCCACAGCCCACUCCCUGCCCCUUCCUCCAAUGAAAGUAUUAAAUACUUUCUCUAAUUGAUAUCUCAAGGUUUCUGAAAAAGCUAUAGAAAGCUCAAGACAGGCUGCCCAUUUGCUCAGCCUUGAGCCGUAAGGCUCACGUUUCUCUGAACAGAGGUGUGGACCCUGAGGGCCCUUUAGGCCUAUCAUGGGGCCUCCGUGGAGCAAGCUGAAUCACCUUGGAAAUCAGAGUUUAACGGAAUAUUUUUGUACCCGAUGUUUACAGUUGCUGUUGGGAAGUUAUCAAUAAAAAGACUCUGUUACUAUAAA